AUGGAGGCGUCGCAAUCUCACAUAGAGGGCGAGUUUUCUCUUCCCGUACCAGCCAAAGAAGACGUGCCUUCCGCAGACCUCAGCCCGGCGCCAACUGCUGCAGAAUCCGCAUCCAAAGGAAAGGAUAAAGAUGACGCACCGGCCCAUAUUGAAAAGCAAAGCGAAGAUGACUCUCUAUCAAUAGAGCCUUCGGACCCGCCGGUUUCCAGUAGCGGAGCGAACGCGGAAACGCCCGUCUGCACCAUAACGCUCCUACUUCCGACCGGUGCUAGACAUCCUUACAAAAUCGAUGAGAAGUAUCUGGCCAAGCGUAACGUGGAAAUACCUGAUGUGACAGAAUCCGGGAGGAAGGACCCCUUCAGCAUCUCGGUCUACAAGCUGAAGGAGCUGAUAUUACGAGAAUGGCGAGAGGAAUGGGAUGGCAAGCCCGCCAGCCCGACCAGCAUACGACUAAUCCACUUCGGAAAGUUGCUGGAUGAUAAGGAGCAGUUGAAGAAAUACCAGUUUACAAUCGACAGUCCAAACGUAGUCCACAUGUCGGUUCGCCCACCCGAAAUGAUGGAAGAGGACGAAGCUGGUAAGGGGAAGAGCACUAGCCGGGAUGGGAGAAGUCGCGAAGGCAGCGGCGGCUGCUGCGUGAUCUUAUAG